AGAUAAUUAAUUUUGAUAAUAACUUACUCUUACAAAAGGUUUAGACCGAUUAAAAAAUUUUAAAAUUAAAAUUUAUUUUCUAUCCUCUGUUUAGAAAAAAUCUCCGAUUCCAUUUCCCUCAAUCCAAACAGGGUAAAGGACCGGGCGUUUGAAUGAGCUCUAGGGAUUCAGAAUAGCAGACGGAGUUCCUGAAACAAUUCCAGUGAUUAGUAGCAAAAGGAAGCAAAGAAAUUGAAGUUUUGGCAAGGGGAAGAAUUGGUCAAGUGAGGUUAGAUGGAGUCUGAUCCUUCGGAGCACGGAUCUCCUAGACCUAUGGAGGAAGAAGUUGAGAGUCAUGUAUCUGCCCGUUGUCGGGAUAGAGACACAAGAGAGGAUUCGUCGCAGGGUGCCAUUGGUAGGGCACAACAGGCAUUUCUAGAGCAGAUGACUCAGAUGCUUCGUCAGGUUAUCGGAGUCAUUCCACAGGCACAGGCACAGGCACAGGCACAGGCACAGCUAGUUCAGAGGUCCCCACUAGAGAAAUUGAGGAAGUAUGGGGCUGUGGAUUUUAAGGCUACGAAGGAGGACGAUCCAACAGUUGCAGAGUACUGGUUAGAGAGGACUGAGAGAGUACUACGACAGUUGCACUGUACACCUGAGCAACAGUUAGAGUGUGCUAUCUCAUUACUACAAGAGGACGCCUACCGGUGGUGGGUUAUGGUGUCAAGAGUUGUGCAGCCUACAGUAAUUACAUGGGACUUCUUUUUGGCUGAAUUCAAGAAAAAGUACAUCAACCAUGUUUAUUUGGAGGCGAGACGGAGGGAGUUUCUAGCCUUGAGGCAGAGACAGCUAACAGUAUUAGAAUAUGAGAGAGAGUUUGUACGGCUAAGCAGAUAUGCCUGGGAGGUGAUGCCUACAGAGGCCGAUAGGUGCCGACGGUUUGAGAAUGGACUGAAUGAUAAUAUCAGACUUCUAGUCUUGGAACACCGGAUUACUGAUUUCUCCCAAUUGGUGGUAGCGGCUCUGAAUGUGGAGAGAGUCAGGGAUAGUGAGCAGACUAGGAGGAAUAAGCAGCGUAAGAGAGGAUCUGGAUCGGGGCAGUCUAGCAUGUCGACUUUUGCUAGUAAGAAGCCCAAGGGUUCACAGAGCUGCACACGAGGCGAAGAGGCCGCUUUGGGGUAUCGAUGGCGAUUCUGGCACAAAGAAGAACGGAUCACCCGGUGCGAAUGCUUACAUUGUGGUAGGAGACACAAAGGGGAGUGUCAAAUGUUGACUGGGGGAUGUUUCCGUUGUGGAGCUACAGAUCAUUAUCUGCGGGAUUGCCCACAGAGGAGUGUUCCCACAGCUCCACCACAGACAGAGAGGUCUGCCCGAGCAGCUCAGAGGGGUCGAAGACCUGCUAGGACAGAAGCGGCUGAUACUUCACAGAAAGCUGCUUCUGAGACAGUCGAGAGGCCCGAAGCCAUAGUAGCACCAUGCGUAUAUGCCAUGAAGGCUUGGGAGGAGUCAAAUCUAGACACUGAAGAGGUGACACAGGAAAGCGAAGCAAUGAGGAGGUAGCAGUUUCUUCCGCUAUUUACAUCAGGUAUUGGAGAGAAGGACCAGUAGUGAUCAGAUCUACAGUAGGAGAGUUGUCACCUCAACUGUUCAUUUUGGUAGGACCCAUGGAUAUCUGAUAUGUACAUUUUGCCUAUUGUAAACAAAUGAAAGUUUGUUAUUAAAUUUGGGAUUGUAUAAGUUCUGUAAAUUACGUACAUGAAUUAUAUAAAUGAAAUGAGAUAAAUUACACAUGAA